CUUAUUUAAACUUAGGUGACAUUAGUGAUGAUUAAUGUAAUUAAAGUCAUCGGUUUAUAUUUGGAAAUGUUACUGAAUACUGGUACUUAUUCAUUGUAUGCCUGUAAGUAAUGUACUAGUACUAGUAUUACUGGUAGCUCAUACAGGUUUGGUCAGAUACUGGAGUUUUCAUGAGCACAUACUUAUGAGCAUAGUCUCUAAAGUGAACAUUAGUGAACAUGGUGCGAAACUGGCACAUUCAUCAAAGUGCGCUAUCAUUUACCUGACAGUGGUGGCAGUCUACGGCACCCUGGCAGACCUGUUGUCUCUGGCCAGCAGCAAGCUGGGCAUCCGAGCCUGCAGCCUGUAUAACAGCAGAGGAGGCCUCAUCGAUGACAUGUCCCUCAUCAGGGAUGAUGACGUGCUCUAUGUGUCUGAGGGUGACCCCUUUGUUGACCCCCUUGAUGCUGUGAGGAAUCUGGAACAGCGCUCUGGUGCUCACACGGACUGGCUGACGCUGAAUAUCGGUGGCCGCCACUUCACCACCACACGAAGCACACUGGUCAGCAAGGAGCCAGAAAGCAUGCUGGCACACAUGUUCAAAGACAAAGAUGUGUGGGGUAACAAGAAGGAUGAGCGAGGAGCCUAUCUAAUUGACCGCAGUCCAGAGUACUUUGAGCCCAUUCUGAACUACCUUCGGCAUGGCCAGCUCAUCGUCAAUGAUGGCAUUAAUUUGCUGGGAGUUUUAGAGGAGGCGCGGUUCUUUGGAAUCGAGCAACUCGCUGAACAGUUGGAAGUAGCAAUCAAGAAUUCACAACCCCCAGAAGACCACUCGCCCAUUUCUCGCAAAGAGUUUGUGCGCUUCCUGCUGGCAACACCCACCAAAUCUGAGCUUCGCUGUCAGGGCCUUAAUUUCAGCGGCGCUGAUCUCUCUCGCCUUGACCUACGUUACAUUAACUUCAAAAUGGCUAAUUUAAGCCGCUGCAAUCUCACCCACGCCAACCUGUGCUGCUCCAACCUGGAAAGGGCAGACCUGUCUGGGGCCAACCUAGACGGUGCUAACUUGCAGGGUGUGAAGAUGCUUUGCUCUAAUGCAGAAGGAGCAUCUCUCAAAGGCUGCAAUUUUGAGGAUCCGUCUGGCCUGAAAGCAAAUCUGGAAGGUGCUAAUCUGAAGGGUGUGGACAUGGAGGGAAGUCAGAUGACAGGCAUUAACCUUCGUGUGGCCACACUCAAGAAUGCCAAGCUAAAAAACUGCAACCUGCGAGGGGCCACACUGGCUGGUACUGAUCUGGAGAACUGCGACCUUUCUGGCUGUGACCUGCAGGAAGCCAACCUGAGGGGGUCCAAUGUAAAGGGGGCUAUCUUCGAGGAGAUGCUGACCCCUCUGCAUAUGUCGCAGAGUGUCAGAUAACAUGUCUCCUUGUACACUGCCCCUCGCCUUCCUCCACCUCCUCCCUCUCACCAUCUCACUGUAGCGCAUUCCGCCUGGGUCAAGACUGGCCAAAUCUCCAGAGAAUCCUUCAGCACUACACCAGCCAGUCAGUCCCGGAUGCUUCUGACCGCAAGAUCCCUAGGAACAUUAUGCAAUCUCAGAGUCACUUUACUGUGCACAACCCUGGCACCCCACCUAAUCUUUUAGCUUUAAUUUCUUGCACUAGGGCACCUCCAGGGUUGUCAGUCCUCCACUUCUAUGCUGAGUACUUGUCCCAGUUGUGGCACUUUCCUUGUUCAUGUUCACAUGUCAGUCAUGAGUGUACUUAUGGCCUUUUCCGUAGAAGCAGUAGCAGAGCACACAUGUGAAUGAUUGACAUGUUGCAGCUUUGCUGAUGGCUCAGGGUUCAGCUAUGAGUGGCAAUGUGGAGACGCAGUCUGAACAACCUACCCUGUGGACAUAGCCCACUUAAAGCAAGAAGUGGAGCAGCGAAGUAUAGCUCGAAAUCAAAGCAGUACAAUGUCAGCAUGCUGCAACUGCUAGUCUUAGGCGUAGUACAGUAAACGGUUGUAGUGGAGUCAUACACAGUAGAACACAAGAAGCAAUCCAGUUUUCAGCUGCUGUUUAGAGUAUAGAGUUUUGAGCAUGCAAUGCUUAUCCUCAGCGUAAGUUAUUGCUCAGACUGCACCCUCCCAACAAACACCGUUAGUAUACUAAGUAUUGUAGAAGUCAAAUGCUGCCUAAUACUCUUUGGUUUGAGGGUUGAAUCUACCUCCUUUUCAUCACAUCUGUCUUGGUUUGAUCAUUUUGUUGUCAACAGGCUCCCUUUGUUGGCCUCAUCGUUCAUCUGCUUGUAGGAUAUUCCUGGUAGCCAACAGAUGACUAGUUCCAAUCAGGCAGUUAAAGCAGAUUUGUUAUGUCUGUUAUUUAAUGACAGGUGUAAGGAAAUGAAUGGUAAUAUGAUGACUAAACCAAAUAAUGUUACAGUACAGUCAAUAUGAAGCUUUUGUUUUCUGCACCAAAAAAGUAUAGGAUGAUUGUUAAACGGCACUCUUUUUCUUGAAGUCAUACAGAGUUAAUGGCGUGGAAUUUAUUUAUUAUAUGUAUGCAUUCCACCAAAAUAUGAUCUGUAUCACUUAUUUAUAAAUGCAUGCAAACGUAGAUGUACCCACUAACAAUUUUAAAAGCAAUCAAUCUUAUUAACCCAGCUGCAAAAGUAUACCUCUUGUUGAAUGUGGUGCUUUGGAACAUUUAAAUCCCAAGGGUAUUCAAAAUCUAGUGCUUCCUGAGCUGCUGUUUAAAUACUAAAAAUGAUCACUGCUGGACCUGUGAUUAUCAUCUUAAAGCUCUUUGAGUUGCUUUGUUGCUUUUAAUAUGUUAGUCUCACUUGAAUAUCCGCAAACUUAAACUAAAUGUAAUCAAAGCUAACUUUGUCCAGUGCAAUUAUGUGAUCAUGGCAGCAGUUAAGUAGCUCUGUGGAAGUGCAGCACUUUGUGAUUUUUACUUUGUUUCAAGGUACUCUGCCUGUCGUAGUAAUGAAGGCAAACAAAAAUAAAAUUCAGCACUAUGAGUGUAAAAGGUUUUCACAUAUCUAAACCUUGUAAAAGAGUGGGGUUAUUUAUUUUACUUCAUGUCAUACUAUAUAUGCAGGAGUGGAAGAAAAUUCUCAGGACUGGGUGUAUGGUGAAUAGUAUCUUUCCCAUGUGUUCACAGGUUUGUGAUAAUUGCACUCACUCAGCCAAGGAAGUGUAUUUUAAUGAAUAG